AUGUCCCAAGCAGCUCGAACCGCCAUCAGCACCGACAAGGCCCCCUUGCCUCCGCCCUUCCUCUCGCAGGGCAUUGUCGUCGGUGGCAUCGUCUACUGCUCCGGUCAAGUGGGCGUGGACCCGGCUACGGGGAAGAUGGUCGAAGGAUCCAUUCAGAAUCGGACAAGACAAAUCCUUCAGAAUCUGAGCGCCGUGCUUGAAGCCGGUGGAUCGAGCAUUCAAGACGUGGUGAAGGCGAACAUCUUCCUAGCCGAUAUGGGCGAUUUCGAUGCGGUGAACGAGGUGUAUAAUUCGUUCUUUGCCGAUCCUAAGCCGGCCCGUACGUGUGUGGCGGUUAAGACGCUGCCUCUUGGGACGGACGUCGAGAUCGAGUGUUCGGGUGUGGUCACUCGUUCGGAUCGCGCUUCUCGGUUGUAG